UCGUCGCUCUGGCUGGGAACUGACUAGAGGAACGGAAAAUGGCGGACCUCGAAGACGUUACGCUGGACGGGAGACCGCUCCAGUCCCUUCGAGUAGCGGACUUAAAAACUGCUCUUGAGGAGAGAGGACUCUCCAAAAGCGGGCAGAAGAAUGCGCUCGUAAAAAGACUCAAGGGGGCUCUCAUGCUUGAGAACCUUCAGAGGACCUCCACCGCUCACAUCGGACUGCAGCCAAACUCGCAGAUCGGUGAGGAAAUGAGCCAGAACAGCUUCAUCAAGCAGUAUCUGGCUAAACAACAGGAGCUCCUGAGGCAGCGGCUGGAGAGAGAGGCCCGCGAAGCAUAUGACUCAAAUGAGCCAGAGGACCACCCAGAAGUCAAUAACAGUACAUCAUGCCCUCCUCAAGCCCAGGAUGCCACGCCAGCGUUGGCUGAGCAGCACAAGCCACCCGGCCCCUCUGGUGUAGACGGAUUGUUUGGUGCGGCGAAUGAGGGAGAGGGCAACAGGAACCAGGAGGCCGAUGUGUCCGGUCCUCCUGCUUCUGGCUCGAUGGCCAUGCGCGUUCCUGAUGGUGAGCACCGGCCAGAGAAGGGGUCGGCCUCGAACGCAGCCGCUGCGGACAGCGACGACGACGAUAGUGAUGACGGCGAGGAAGAUGGCGACGAUGAGGAUUGGGAAAGCGGCGCUCGGAGGAGAAGCCACAGAGAGCCGGCCAGAGCGCCCACGUCCAGAGAGAGGUCUGGGGCGUCCUGUCAACCCCCGCAGCAACACAUGCCAUCCCUUUUGUCCCCUCAACUCCGCCAGCCAACUCCUCCUCCCUCCCCACCUCCAGAGCUGUCAUUCCCCCUGCCUGACACCCCUAAGCAGAGCCCCCCUAGUCCAGAUGUAGCCCAAGCUAGGCGCUCAUCGAGUACCUCCAGCUCUGGGUCCUCCAGCAGCGGCAGCCGCAGUAGCAGCCCAGAGCCGCAGAGGAGUGGACAUCCCGAGCGCAAGCCGGGCCCGCUGACCCUUCUGGCACGUAAAAUGGAGUCAGAAGGUGCUUUCUCUGGAGCCGGUUGGCACCGCGCCGGUGGGGAAGGUGACAGGCAAGACGGCAGUUCUCUAGCUACAUCAUUUCCUGGCAGAGGGCCUCUAGAGGGUCUGGUAUCUGCCAUCACUCACACAGCCAAUACUGCAGGUCAUGUGUCAUUCCCUACGAUUGCAGGCAUUAACCAGGGUAUCGUGGGAGCACAUUCAGCCCAUAUUCAACUACCCGUUAGUGUGCUCAAGGCCACUGCCACAGAAGAGAGGGACUCUGAGAUAGAAAGAGAAAGGGCCCUCGAGCUGGAAAGGCAAGAGAAGCAGAGGAAACUUGAGCAAGAACGAGCCAUGGAGGAAGAGCGGGAAAGAGCUCUGGCGCUGGAGAGACAGGAAAGAGAGAGAGCUGUGGAGAGGGAGAGAAUUGAGCGACAGCAGGCCUUAGAAAGAGAAGAAAGCGAAAAGGCUCUGCAGCGGGAGAGAGAACUUGCCCUUGAACGAGAGAGGCAGGAGAGGGAGCUCGCUUUGGCUAAAGAGAGGGAAGAGCGAGAGCAAGCCUUGGCUCACGAGAGGGCCCUGGAGAUGGAGAGACAGAGGGCCCUAGAGCAACAACGUCUGGAGAGAGAGAGGCGAGAGAGAGAAGAAAUGGAGAGAGUAAAAGAGCUAGAGAGAGCCAUGGCCUUGGAGCAAGAAAGGAAGGAGAGAGAAAGGGCUCUCGAGCAAGAGAGGCUUCAGAGGGAGAGAGCUCUGGAGGCUGAGAGAAAGGAGAAGGAGAGGAUUGAGAGAGAAAAGGCUCUGGAGCAGGAAAGGUUGGAAAGGGAAAGGCUAGAGAGACAGAGAGCCCUGGAGCAAGAGAGACUAGAGAGAGAGAAAGCCUUUGAGCAACAGAGACUAGAAAUGGAGAAAGCCCUGGAACGAGAGCGUCUAGAGAGAGAGAAAGCCCUGGAAAAGCAGCGACUGGAGAGAGAGAGAGCCUUGGAGCAGGAGCGUUUCGAGAGAGAGAGAGCCUUGGAGCAAGAGAGAAGAGAAGGAGCUCUAGAGCAAGAAAGGUUGAAGCAGGAGCGAGUCCUAGAACAGCAGAGGUUAGAGCGUGAGAGGAAGGAAAAAGAGAGAAUUGAGAGAGAGAAAGCCUUGGAGCAAGAAAGGAUGGAGAAAGAGGCAGCCCUGGAAGAGGAGAGGAAGGAGAAGGAAAGAGCCGAGAAGGAGAGGGAGAGAGCCCUACAGCAGGAGAAGCUUGAAAGGGAGAGAGCCUUGGAGAAGGAGAGGAAGGAGAAAGAGAGGGCUCUGGAACACGAGAGGCUGGAGAAGGAGAAGGCCAUGAGGAAAGAGAAGGAGGAGCAGGAGACGGCCCUGGAACAGGAGAAAGAGAGAGCUAGGAUGGCUGAAAAGGAGAGGGAAAGUCACCUCCCUCCGUCCAAGCGUGGCCGUGAGAUCGGCCUCACCCCCCUGCCCACUCCUCCCCCCCUCUUCGCUGUACCAGGUAGAAAGUCCUCAACAGAAGCAGGAGAGCAGAGCGAUGACCAUGCUCCAAAGUCCCGGGGUGAAGCAGCAGAGUCCAGUGCACCCAUGUCACCAACACCUCCGUUGCCUCAAUCCUCAUUCAAGAAGUUCCGGUUCUUAAGGGACACCCCUAUUCAGCUCCAAUCUUCCUCCCCUUCCAUGGUCAUCAAGCGACCUCGUAACUUCUCCGACACUCCCCAGCCUCGGGCCUCACCCGUCUCCUCCCUCACCGAUGUCGGGCAACGCCACGAGGAAGUACCCCAGUCCUCCGCUGAACAGGAAGACCCGCAGAAGGGGACAAAACAGGAGGUCGCUGCCAGGGCGCCGGUGUCUAUGGGGGCCGCUCCCGAGAAGGAGGCCACCGUUGGUACCACACUGGUCUUGGGUCCCGAAAAAGAAGGGGCCACCAGCUCAGUGUCGGAGGACAAAGAAAAGGAAUCCACAAAAAAAGUGGAUGAAAGCAGUCCUUCAAACCCACUGGCUGCUGCACAGCGUAGGGGAAGAGACGCAAAGAAGGAAGAGAAACAAGCAAGACGAAGAUCAUCCUCUAAUGAUUCCUCUUCCUCAGAAUCAGACUCUGGGUCCUCAUCAUCUGGGUCGUCUGGCUCAUCCUCAUCCUCUCAAGAGAAAACCUCCUCCACUACAAGAGGUAGAAGGGAAGGGAAGCCUGACAGAGACACCUCACCACAGCACAGGAUGACACUACAGGCAAAGGCUGAGGGGUUAAAGGAAACUCCAAAAGCCUCCCCUUACAAAAGAGAGAAGAGUAACACAGCUGCUGAUGGAGACACUCACACCAAGAAAACUUUCAUGGAAGCACCAAGCAGAGAGGAGUCACAAAGGAAGAGAAAGGACAACGAGGGAGAGGAGGAAACGGACAACAAAAGGCAGGUGAAGGAGACGGCCAUGGCCGAGCCGGAGAAGCUCCCGGAGACCAGCGAGGAGACACCAAAGGCCUUCUCAGCUCGUAAGAUCUCCAUCAGCAGCAGUAAAUCGUCCCCAGGCACUGGCAGUGCAGAGGGCGAGCAGGACUCCGGGGCCGCGGCCGGUCGCAAGAGGAGGUGGGGCUCCAGCACAGCUGUCACUACCAAGAAACCCUCCAUCAGCAUUACCACCGAUUCACUCAAGUCCCUGAUCCCAGACAUUCGCCCGUGUCUCGGGCAGGAGGCAGUGGUGGACCUGCACCCAGAUGAAGCCGUCCUCUCCGGGGCUGAGGAAGAAGAGAGGGAGCGCUCUGACCAAGACCUUCAGAUCCGCCGCACUGUCACACAGGUGGUGCACUUGGAGAGCCAGGAGAAUGGACAGAAAGAGACAAAGAGGAGCAAAGAUGAGGAGUCGGAGGACGACGACGACCCGCAGGGAGACGCGGAGAGGACACAUGACGAGAAGAUGGACGCCCCAUUCCCUGGAGCCAUGGAAACCCAGUCUCCAUCACACACCAGCCAUGAUGUAGAAAUCAACACUGUGACCCCCAGCGACACCCUCAUUCGUCGCUCCAUCAGCCAUCAGAAAACGGGUGUUUCCAUCACAAUCGAUGACCCCGUUCGCACGUCCCGGCAGCCCUCGCCACCUCGAGGCAAAGUCUCCAGCAUUGUUCACAUCAGCAACCUGGUGAGGCCGUUCACUCUGGGGCAGCUUAAGGAACUGCUCGGCAGAACCGGCACCCUGGUGGAGGAGGGCUUCUGGAUCGACAAAAUCAAGUCCCACUGCUACGUCACCUACUGCAGCCCAGAGGAGGCCGUCGCUACACGGGCAUCUCUUCAUGGAGUGAAAUGGCCUCAGAGCAACCCAAAAGUCCUGAGCGUAGACUUCUGCCAGAAGGAUGAGCUGGACUUCCACAAAGGCAUGGCCGACCGACCCGCAGCGGAGGAGCAAGGGCCCGGCGCUGGCCGCGGUCGACCAGCGGGCCUGCCCUCUCUCCUCCCCGAGCGAGACCAGUGGGCCGAACGCGAGCGUGAGAUGGAGCGCCGGGAGAAGGCUAGAGCAGAGCGGGAGUGGGACCGCGACAAGGUCCGAGAGUUUGGGAAGCCGGGUGAGGAGAAGGAGGGAGGACCCCGGAGGUCACGCUCCAGAGAGAGACGCCGCAAGGAGAGAGGAAAGAGCAAGGAGAAGAAGACCGAGAAGAAAGAGAAAACGGCUGAGGAUCCCCCUGCAAAGCUGCUUGAUGAUUUGUUCCGCAAAACUAAAGCGCCUCCUUGCAUAUACUGGCUUCCACUCACGGAUGAAGAGUUUGCUCAACGGGAAGCUGCCAGAGCAGAGCGCAUGAAGGAGCGUGAGAAACGGAGGAAGGAGCAAGAUGAGGAGGAGGAGAAAAAAAGGGAAGAAGAGCGCAAGGAGAGGAUGAAACCUGGAGGCGUCCCAACAGGAGACCGCAGUGAGGGUGAGAAGGAAAAGGAGAAGGACAGGGAGAGGGACAGAGACAGGGAGAGGGAGAAUGACAAACGCAGGGAUGGCUACCGUAGACCAGAGGGCCGCGGGGCAGGCGGAGGCCGACGCUCCCGCAGCCGCAGCGACCCGCGAGAAAGGCGACGUUAAUGGCCAAUCACCCGAUGGAACUGUCCUAGAGACCACCCUCUUCCAUUUGCCUUUCACUACAUGUACUUUGUUACAACUAAGACCCAACAGAGGACCAACUGAUGUCGUCACUAUCCCUCAAAUUGUCACCUUUUUUAAAGCACAUCUACACCUACACACCGCCAUGCUUAAAGGGGACCAUGAUUUCUUUGCAGUGUUACCCAGAGUGCUGUGCGACGCGCGUCUGUCGAGGUUUCAUAUAUUUUCUUCAUACGUUUGCCUCUAUUUUUCCCCUUUUUUUGUCUCGAUGAUUUUCGCAGUACGGCACGCUGGGUCAUAGUUUCCCCCAAUGUUCCCCCUUUGCCCCAAAGUGUAGGUGCCAAUUAUGAUUUGCUCUGAUCAGUCGUCGUCGCCUCAGUGUUUCAACAGCUCUGGAAUCCGGAUGAGGAAUCCUUUUGUUGCUGCAUGUAGUCCAAGGCUCUCCUUGCCAGUCCUGCCUAAAGAGAAAACUCUGACCUCUGUGCAGAGGAUUGCAUAAAUCAGAAAAUAUUGGAAUAGGUGUGUUUGGCAUUUUGUACAGACAUAUUAGAUAACUCAAAACCAAGUCUUUAAAUGAGGCAGCUCUGGGGUAUUUUUGGAAAGGUGUAACUACUAACGCAAUGAAGUGUUCCUCUCUCCCUCUGUUUAGUUAAGAGAUGAGAUGAUUCUCUGUGGGGGGGGGGAGGGGGGGGUGCAUUAUGCGUUUCCUCACCAAUGGUUUUAAUAUUGUUUUUUAAUCUUCAUUCUAUCAUUUAGUAUAAAGGUAUGUGUGUUUUUUUGUAUUAUUUCUUCUUUGAGUACGCCUAUCAGUGGUGAAUGUACAAAUAAUAAAAAUUGAAAUUUGAAAUUUC